AUGAAUUUCCUCUCUAGGAGGCUUCUGAGCCCAGGAGCUCGCUCCAAAGCUCAUGGCUCUGGGCCUGAGUUGAAUAAACUCUUUGUUCACUUCCUCUCUCCAGUGGAUCGCGCCAACCUGCUCUCUUCCGCCUCCUCUUCCUCGUCCCUCUCCCAGCAAGAAGUAGCCACCAAGAUCAAGCAAACACACCGCCUGACAGUGCUGCUGAAGCACUGCUCUGAACAGCUGCUGGCAGAAUAUGUGCGUCACCAAGGGGAGCCAUUCAGCAGUCCAGAUUUCCAGCCCCCUGCCAUGGCAGUCCCCGGGCUGCCCUCGCCCUCUAUCCCCCCCGAGGCCUGGCUGGCGCUCAGCGACGGGAAGCGGCUCUGGCACCUCACCGCGGCCUACGCCACCCUGCCCGGACUCCUGGGUUCCGUGCGGCGGCAGCAGGCCGAGCUCAACCCUUUGGCUUCGGAGCUGCAUCGGCAGCUGGAGGCUGCGGCCCGGCAGUGCCUGGGGCUGGCCGGGAACCUGGAGCGGAUCAUGGGCGCCUUGGGGCUGCCAGGCCCCCCGCCUCCUUCCUCCAGCCUGGGCGGCCCCCCCACCAGCGCCUUCCUGGCUAAGCUGAGCGGGUACCAUGUGUGCCGGCUGCAUCGGGACUGGGCCAUGCGGAGCCAUGAGGCGCUCGGGCUUCUCCGCACCAAGUACCCGCUGUGAGUGCCCCCAUCCUGCCCUCUGCCCCCCAGAUACCGCUGCCCCCCACCUGUCCCUCCCCGGGAACCCUGGA